AAACUACUUUUAAGCCGACGAGCGCCACUCCAGUACCUAGCGCCUUAGUAGAACGACUAGUUCCGAUCCUAGGAGUUGAUCCCUCGUUGUACAUUUCUUUCUUUCUUUCUUUCUCCAUUAUCAGAUCUGGGAUUGCAACGUUGCUCCAUGGCACAGAAUGAGUGCUAGAGUUGGCCCCUACACUGCCAAGGCCUCGCGACGAUCUCAUCACAAGUCCCGUCUUGGGUGCCAGAACUGCAAAAGACGCAGGAUCAAGUGUGAUGAAGCGAAGCCCAAUUGCGGUAACUGCCUGCGUCACUCCAUCGAAUGUGAUUACAACUCAAGUUCAGAGAGCUCUUCCACCGUCUCACCCACAAAUGAGACGACCUCCCUUGCAGAGGCUCCCAAACCGUAUGACGAUUACACCUUUAUCUCUUCAUCUCAAGCCAACUUUACUCCUCCAAAGAGAGCGCAUAGUUCACGACCACCGUUAUCACAACAACAUGAUGAGCAAAGCUCUCACUUACAUCAAGCUGUGGCCAACAAGCAGUUCCAGUUCACAGCCACUGACAUGGUGCUCUUUCACCAUUUCAUAACCUCGAAGGACUUGGGCGGCUCGCGGCCCCAUGUGCAGAACCAGCUUUCUCAGCUGGGAUUUUCGUUCCAUUACGUUCUGCGCCUUCUUCUCGCCUUUUCCGGCUUUCACUUGGCACGCUAUUCGACGAAUGAUUCAUCACCAGGCUCGAGCGCUGACUUCUACGCUGCAGCUGAACGGCACUAUGAGACUGCCGUGCGCGAGGUCGCGGCCGCAAUUCCACUUCUAGACGCGACCAACAGUCCCGCACUUUAUACAUCGUCAAUAUUCGUAUUUAUUUGCUCUCUUGCAAAGGGGCCUCGCCCUGGGGAAUACCUAGCCUACUGUGACGAUGGCAACCCAGGAUGUUUGUCACUAUUCAUGGGUCUGCGGUCAAUUUUGGAAAGAUGCAAAUCGACCCUCUCAGUCGAUUUCUCUUCCAUCCACGGCGCUAAUGAACAAGAUGAGACGCUCCAGCCAGAGGGACCUCCUUUCCAUCCUGAAGAACCGGUCUCGCAUGCAUAUAGAGACAGUCUGGCUGAACUUCGACAUCUUAUAUCCGCCACUUUCCCAGACAACAGUCUCGAGUACACUGACUACUCCCAGGUCCUGGAUAUGCUUUGUUACACCUACGAAUUCGUAUUUGGUGAUGAUCCCCGACCGACGGAGCCGCAACUGUGGCCCCAAAUUUUUGGCUGGUUGUAUACACUACCGGAUCUCUUUGUGAUGGAUGCGCAAAAUCGGAGGCCGGCUGCUUUGGUAAUGUUUGCCUUUUUUGCCGUGUUGCUAAAACAACUGGAUCCAGCCUGGUUCAUCCGUCAAUGGCCUGAACAUAUCAUGAGUGGCAUUUUUCGUGACCUUGAUGAAUUUCAUCAAGAAUAUGUUCGGUGGCCUAUGGAACAACUCGGACGACUGUCUAACAAUCUACAUCUAUCGGAGACUGAUAGCCCUGGAUGUAAGGCUAUUUCGUCAUCAUUAUUGAGGAAUUAGUGUUCUU